AAAGCUUCUUCUAUGGCGGAGAAGAGAAGGAGAAAAAGAAAUUAGGGUAUCUGCAACCCCUUUUUCUUUUUUGUUAUUUUUUAAAGUUUUGUUAAUUUUAUUUAACUUUUAAUAUUUACCCAUUUAAAAUCAAUUACGAAAAUUACAAUAUAUAAUUUUAAUUCAACUUAAUUGAUAAAUUAGGGGUAGUUUGGUAUUUACAGGAAUAAAAAUCUUAUUUUCCUAAAAUAUCUUAUACAAAUCUCAUUGUGACAAAUCCAAGUUUAAAGUGUCUUGUUUUUCCAAUUUUCUCAUGUUUUUUACCUUUUAUUAAAAGUGAAGAUAAAAGUAGUUAGUGUAAACAUGAAAAGUGAUAGUAUGAAUGUGAUAUUUGUGGCACAUUUGUUUGGAUCAGGUUUUCCAGUAUAUAUAAACCUUCUUUUUAUUGGAUCUAUUUAGAUUUUUUUAAACAAAUUUCUAAUAUAACAACAUCAAUUACAUUUGGUUAAUUUUGUAAUGAAAAGAACAUAGAACGCGAAUCUUAUCCUAAUAUAUCAUUAAUUCAUCAUUACCUACAAAUUUGUAUCUGAAUAAUAUCGAAAUGGGCAUGCAACUAAGGGACCGCUUUAACAAAAUGUCAGACCUAAUCCUGACAUUUAACGUAUUAAAUACAAAACCCUUACUUCACUAACAAUUAUUGCAAACCAUUUAAUGGUUUUUCGAGUGUCCACGUUCUCGUCUGCAAAGAUCGCCAUUACACCCCGUCACUCCCCUUAUUAUUGGGCGUUAAAUUGAUCAAAUACAAAAUAUGUCUUAAUCUCCUUUUCACUACAUUGACUGAUCAUGAUAAAUAUUUAAAUAUAAAUUAGAUUUGAUCUGCACCUCCGUGUAUAUUUUUUUUAUUUUAUAAAUGUAUUUGUUAUUAUUACAAAUAUUUUAAAUAUAUAAUUUUUUAUUUUACUUUAUAUAUUGUAUAACUCUAUAAUAUUAUUGUUUAUAUUUCUUAUUCGGUAUUUUUAAUAUAUAGUGAUUUGUUUAAUACAUUUUACUUUAUUAUGUAUGAAUAUAUUUUUGAGUUAAGUACAAUAAAAUAAUAAUCUGAAAUUAUCAAAUAGAGAACUUCUUACAAAAUAUGUUUUUUCUUUAAUUUAUACAUUUUACAUAGAAUACAUUUUAAAAUUUUAUUUAUUUAUAUUAUAGAAAAUAUAUUGUUUAUAAAAUAUACUUUAACAUUAUAUGAGAUUUAUAAACAGUUAUCCCAGAUGAUACUGUUGAAAUCUCGUGCAAGUUUAGUCGUAUUAGUCAUUCCCUAUGAAUCUGAAUUUACUGUUUAAUUUCCUUUAAUGGUUUGAAAUUUGAUAUUGUUAUUUAUUUUGUUUGUAUACUUUUUUUUAUAUUUCUUCCGUUUUUAACAUAUAACAUUUUUGAACUAAACACCUAAAUUAAGAAAACAAUUUACUAUUUACAUUUUCUAAACAAAAAUUUCAUUAACUAUUCAUCUAAUCACAAUUCAACCAAUAAUAAUAUAGUAUAUUGCAGAAUACUAUUGAUCAUAAAACAUAAAAUUGUUAAUGAAUUUUACAUUGAUAAUUAAAAACAUCGUUUGAUUUAUAACAAACAAUUUUCUCUAAAAGGUUAAAUAUUGAAAACGAAGUGAUUAGCUUAUUGAACAUUAACUUCUAAUUCAUGUUUUAUCAUUCAACAUCAAUAUUUGUUGGGGGAUUCAAUAUAAAUAUUAGAUAAGGUAAAUCUCUGAAAAACCUUAAAAAGGGUUUUUAUGACGAAGAGUACACAAAUAAGAAAAUGACCAAAAUAUUUUCAUUAAAUAGGUAAAAGACUUUUUCACCUUUAAUUUAUAAAUAUAAAUAAUUAUUUAAAUACAUAAUAAAAAAUUAUAAAUAUAUGUUUUUUUUAAUUCAAACUUUUUUGUUUUUUCAAGUUUUUUUUCUUUUUUGAAAUCCAAAAAUUCUUUUUGCUAUUAUUUUUAAAUUAUUAUUUUAAACUUUAAAUAUUAAUUUAUUUAUUUAUUAAAUCAUAAACCCACCACCUCCCCAAACUCCACCCACGAAUCUAUACCCUAAAUCUAGAUUAGUCAAUCUUAAAGGUAUAAGUAUAUUUUUUUAUUUUUUUGAUGAAACAUUUUGGUCGUUUUGAUUUUUAUGUGCUAUAUUUAUGAUAAAAAAAUUUUAGUGUUAUUCAAGAGAAUUUUUCUAUUAGACAUAUCCAUUAUAUUUGUAGGUAUCAUAUAAUUAUGCAUAUAAAUCUAUUAACAUAGUUGAUAUGAAGGAAUUUUUCUAAAAACCUAAAGUAUAACCACACAAGCAUCAUAGAAUAGUAUGGUGGGCUUGAAAAUGUGCUAAGCACCACAGAUUCUAAACUUACCAUCUCAGAUAUGUCCGUUUGUGUGGUCAAGUGACAUAAGUUUCUACUUCUUAUUGCGAGUAACAAGGUUUGUCUGAUGUCGGUGAACAGACUCCAGAAGAUUAAUUGGUUAGAUUUCGAUCCGCCCGAUGGAUACCUUUAAUCAUCAAAAACCCUAAAAUGUAUAUCCUCACGAAAUACAAAGAGUACUUUUUCGAAAAAAAAAGUACAUAGAAAUAUUGGAUAUGGCUGUAUAGUAUUUAUAGAGUAAAUUGAACCAAAAAAUCACUAAUUAAGUGAAAUACUAUUUUUCAUAUUUACUUUAGGUACUAUUGAUUAGGAGAAAAAUACACUUUUAUUUUUACUCUAGAUUUUGGUAGAGUAGUUUUUUACUCCAGGUUCUUUUCUCUCUCUCAUUUUUUCACUAUUUGUUUUUCUCUCUUUUUCACCAACUUUUUUUUACUCCAUUUUACUCUCAUGUUACCGAUCAUGCUCGUUGUAUAUCAGAAGUUAAUUCGGGUAGAAAAUUGGGCGGUGUAUAAUGAAGCUGAGAUGUAUUUUCAAGCACAUUUAAAACAUAUGUUCCCAUCUCCUUUUCCUUUUGACGUGAUUAUUCAAUAGCCACUAAGUGAACAGCCCGAAGGUUUAUUUAAUAAUAUUAUCAACAUUUAAUCCCAACUACUCUUAUCUUAUGUGGAGAUCUUAAUAAAGGUUAAAAGAUCAAUCACUAACCUGUCAUCACAUCUGUCAUAUUAAUUAUUAAAGGAAAGAAGAAAAAGUUAAAUCUGAGCCAACUAUAAAGAGACGAACAAGUAAGGAAGUCACAAACUACUACAAAAUCAAACCAAAAGCACACCUAGCAUCUAAAUUCUUAGAUUAUAUACUUUCACCAAGAAAAGAUGGACUUUGUGACUUCAAUGUUCAUGCCUGAUUUAACCGACGAAGAUGGAUUACUGUUUUCUGAUUCUUUUCUUCUUCCGCCGUUAAUAGCAUACCAAAACCAUGAUGUUUGCAAUCAAAUCACAUACAAAAAUGGUGUAAGCAAUAAGAAACGAAGUUUGUGUGAUACAUAUGUCGCAAGUGAAGCCAACAAUGGGGAUGGUGAUCGAGAAAGCAAGAAGAUGAAACACAGAGCCAUUGAAAGGCAAAGAAGAUUUGAAGUUUCAUCUCUUUUCAAAAGUCUAAGAUCUCUUUUGCCACUUCAAUAUAUCCAGGGCAAGCGUUCGACAGCAGAUCACGUUUCUCAAGCAGUUAACUAUAUCAAAGACUUACAAAACAAGAUUAAAAAACUCAAUGAAAAGAAAGAUCGGUUAAAAAAGUCCUUACCGAGUACACUUACCGCUCAUCCAACUGCAGAGGAAUGCACUAGUAGUUUAUCAUCAUCAUUGUCAACAUCGUCAUCGAGAUGCUCAUGUGUAGGGGACAAACACAUUACGGUUAUGGUCAUGCCUUGUUUUGUGGGUAUGGAGAUCAUCAUAAGUUGUUGCCUUGAAAGAAACAAGUCUUGUCUCUCGAUUGCUCUUCAAAUCUUGGCUCAAGAAGAAAGGCUUAGUGUUGUUAGUUGCCUCUCAACUAGGCUGCAACAGAGAUUCGUACACACCAUUGUUUCUCAGGUCGGGAGUGGGAUAAAGAUCAAUAUUUCGGAGCUUAAAGACAAAAUAGUGAAUAUGUAGCCAUAAAGGAAUAUGUAGGCAAACUUUAAUGUAUAUUGUAUUUGUGUUAUUAGUUAUUAAGAUCAUGUUCCUUAAGUAUUACGGUUAAAUUGUUGAGUGCCUAGAGUUAGGGCUUUUUUUUCAAAAUGCUUUCUCUGAUGUUUAAUAUUUUAUGUAUUAAUACUAAUUUGGAAAAAAUUACUUCAUAAAUAAAAGUUGACAAUAAAAAUUAAAGAAAAGUAAUGUUUUUUAUACCCGCAAUAUGAAAGUUUUAGAGAGUAGAGACAAUAAGAGAAUAUGAGUGAGAUGAAGUAACCAGAGAAUUACGAAGAAAAUGAUUAAUUUAACUUAAAGACAUCAGUUACAAGAGCAUGUUUAGAGAUACUAGCAGCUUCUCUUUUUGUAACACUAAAUAUACUAGAAGCUACAAUAAACUAUUAAUAAAAAAAGACAGGGUGAUAGACAUAAGAGACAACUGAGUAGAGAUGAGAUUUGGCUAAUAGAUCUUGAUAAGAGUGUUUCUUUUCUCCGACAACUCUAUUUUCAAAUUUGAAAUGGUCGGCCUUCGCUAACCAUCGCUCUUUACUUGUGAAGGUCAAAGGAACCAUCGCUCUUUACUUGUUAUUUGUUAAGGUUAAAGGAAGUCUUCUAGAAGGUGUAAACUGAUUUUUGGUCGAAUUCACUUCUCUUCUUUGCAUUCCAAGUAGUAUACACUCAAAGUUUGGCUAAUUUUAGUGAGUCUGGUGAAGUUUGGUGAAGCCCGGUCAACUCUUUAUUUUUAUUUUUAUAUUUUUUUUCUCUCUUUUAUUCCGACAUUACCCUUUAAUCUUGAGCAUAGGAGAACAUUUGAUAAGUUUGGAUCCAAAAAUAAUUGUCAUAUUAAAAACUUAAAUGUGGAAAACUUCUUUGAGAUAAAACCAUCACUUAGAAAAAAAGAGUGCAAAUACUCUCAACUUAGGGAUUAACCAGUGAUUUCAUGAACCUUAUGAUCAUGCUUGGAGAUUAAUAAACUCUGUAUCAUAGUUUUUUGGGUGACAAAUCAAACGCCACUCUUUCUUACUACACAAUCUUCAAAAUUGGAACUACUUUAAAUUAAACUAUUUUUUACAAAAUAAUUAAAAUAUUUUAUAAAUUCUAAUUAAAUGAUACAUUUGACGUAUAAAAUUUGGAAACUAUUUUAAGCAUCUUAAACAUAGGAGUUUGUUUUAGUUUGGGUAUUUUUAUCAUGGAUAUAUUGGGUGAUAAAUAUAUUUAUAAAAUAAAGCUAAAAAUAUUAGCAAAACAGGUUUUAAUAAUGGUAAGAUAUAAUAUGUAUAGUUCAUUAAAAGUAUAUUUAGGCAUCAAUUGGUGACUCUGUAAAAAAUGAAAUGAAUGAAAAAAAAGUUGAACAAAAUUUCAUUUACUGAAUUGAGUUGAAAAAAAUUGAAUAAAGAGGAAAAAUAAAAAAGAAGAAUUGAACAAAAAGUAAACAUGAAUGGUAAAAAAAAGAGAUGAACAUGUGUUUCCAUAUUUUAAAGUGAAAUAUAACUAGUAUUAAAAUACACGCAUAAUGAAACCAAGUUUUAAACUUCUAAUACAAGUUAACUCCACGUUUGAAAACUGACAUUUGCUCACCACACAGUAAAACACAAACGAAUAUUAAAACACAAUAAAGAAUUAA